AUGAAAGUGCUCAUUUUUGCCUCCGCAUUACUAUUCCUUUUCGUGUCGGCUAAUAAAGACACCGAGCCCCUCUUUGGCACUAUUGACACUUGGGGAUAUGUACAGUCACGGAUGCUCCACCAUCGAGAAGAAAGAUCAGCUUCCAACUCUCACUCACGUUCACACGAAUCAUCUGAAUUGAAACCUGCUGGCUUUGGACGUCCUCAACCUGGGCCAAUCAGAAGAUCAAGCGAAUCACGCGAAUCACGUGAAAGAAGAAAAAACAACACACCAAAUCCACUCAAUCAGCAGCCGACAGGAAACGGUUUUGUCCCGAGAAGAUCGUCGCACUCAAAUUCUGAUAGCCGCGACAGAAGCAGAGAAAGAAGAGUCAAUCAACAUUAA